UUGACAUUGCAGCCCAAGGUCAUCGUCUUCUUCCUCAAAGCUCAAGAGCGCCGUGGUGAUCCAGAUCUCGCUGAUCUCUGCUCACCGGCCGGCGUGCUCUGCAGGACUCCUAUCCCAUUCAUUAUACUUUGCAGCUGGUUGGUAUGUACUACAUGUAGCUUAUUCUCUCUAUCUUUGUUAGUUUCAGAGCCGGAUGACCUCUAUCAACACCAUGCUGCAAUAUAUAAUGUUCUGAUUUCAUCUUGGUUAACUUUAUCCCACCUCCUUCUUUAUGUUCCUAAUUUCUUGCCAUGUGUUCUACUAUAGUCCAGAUCAGAUCAGGCUAGCUAAGAUUCUGUUACAAUUGCUGAAUGAUGCACUUUGAAACCGCUAACUGUUUAUCCCUAUACAAAGUCAAACUAAUUAGACAGGAAAAUUGGUAGUAGUAUGUAUAGUAGGUCUAUGAUCUUGUAGUGCAGUUUCUCGUGAUUAAAUCAUCAACUCGGUCGAUCCAUAUUGUGCUAGCUAAUUAAAGCCAAACAAACUGUUCAAGAAGGGUUGACUUGUAUUUGAAAUCUAUUAGGAUUCAAAGAUGUGAGUUUGCUAAAUGUUUAUCUUUUAUGAUACUUGAUUAAUUCACUAGUGGAUGCUCGGAGUUGAGAUGCGUGCAUAUAUAUGUUAUCUUCAUUCUGUUUUCAUGAUUACUUAUGCAAUCGGGUAUAUAGUGGACCCAAAACAAUGGCAUAUAUCUGCUCUUGUUUCUAAGGUACUGCACUGUGGUGUUGAUUGCGAAUGGAUAGCGAAAUUAGUAUCAGACACAAAGAUGACCUGGACCGCAUGCUACUUGAUGGAAGCGCAGAGCCAACCUACAUGACGUUAUCACUUUUAGAAGAUAUCACAAAUUGUUUCUCUGAUGAUCAUGAAAUUGGCCGUGGUGGGUUCGCGGUAGUUUAUAAGGGAAUUGUGGGAAAAGGGAUGGUCGCUGUGAAGAAGUUGUUCGAAACAUUUGAUGAGCAUGGGUAUAAUAAAUUCCAUAAAGAGGUUGAGUGCAUGAUGAAGGCCAAGCACAAAAACAUAGUGCGUUUCCUGGGAUAUUGUUCUGAUGCACAAGGGAGAAUUGUAAACUAUGAAGGGAAGUUUGUCAUGGCGGAUCUGCGAAAUUUGUUGCUAUGUUUUGAGUAUGUACCGAAUGGAAGCCUUGAUAAGUAUAUUACCGAUGCAUCUAGCGGACUUGAAUGGAGGGAGCGCUAUAAGAUUAUCAAGGGAAUAUGUGAGGGGUUACUUCAUCUUCAUGGGUUACGCAUUCUCCACUUAGAUCUGAAGCCUGCCAACAUAUUGGUAGAUGAUUGCAUGGUACCCAAAAUUGCUGAUUUUGGUAUCUCGAGGUGCCUUGAUAAAGAGCAAACCCGGGAUUCUACUUUGCAUCCAUGUGGAUCGUUGGGAUAUUUGGCACCAGAAUCCUUCGAAGGAAAACUUGCAUUCGCGUCAGACGUAUACAGUCUUGGCGUUAUCAUCGUGGAGAUACUAACAGGAAAGAAGGGGUAUCCCGAAGAAGAGGAUGUAAUUGAGACUUGGAUGAACCGCUUGAAGGGAUCAGAUCAAUGGGAGAGACAGUUGGAGCAAGUAAGAGUAUGCACUAAGAUAGGGAUAGAGUGCAUGGACUCAGACCCAAAGAAGAGACCGGUUGCACGUUAUAUAAACGAUAGGCUUGAUAAAACAACAAGUACCAUCGAAACUGGCAUCAGUAGUUGUCAAGGGCACGUUGCAGAUCUUUCAUCUGAGUACCUAGGAAAGGAAAUCACAAAACACUCUGAAACGGAAGAGCUUGCGGAACAUCUUGGGACACUUAGAGAAAAUCAAUUGGAGCAAGGUCAAGAUGAAGCUCCAAGUGAUGAAUGGUCGUUAUGGGAAGUACAUGAUACGAAACAAAAUGUCAGCCAACAAGGUGCAGGCAUUUCUAACUCUAGUGUGUUGCACAAGUUGAACAAUUUGGACAUCAUUAACCAGGCAGCACGCAUAAAUUACGUGAGGUAUGGUGGGCCUAUGUUGGAGAAGAUAAACUUUUUGAAAGUUUUCAAAAAGGAGGAGCUUGAGCCUACUUUAAAGGUAAAGAACCGACAGGAUGGCUUUGGAGAAGUUUACAUAGGUCGUAUUAAUGAAGUACCAGUCAUAGUAAGGAAACUGAUUAGUGGUUCCGUGGUACAGAAUGAAAAAUUUGCAGAGGAAGUCAUCAUCCAAUCUCAAGUCCUUCACAAGAACAUUGUUAGGCUCAUAGGUUGUUGCGUGGAAGUGGACACGCCAAUGAUAGUCUAUGAGUACCUCGCCAAAGGCUGCCUCCAUGACAUUCUUCACAACAACAAGAAGGUAGAUCUCAGCUCGGGUAGCUUCAACAAUGUAGAGCUCAGCCUGGGCGUGCGUUUAAAUAUUGCUGCAGAAUCAGCAUAUGGUCUAGCUUAUAUGUAUUCAGGGCGCAGUAUUAAAACCUUACAUGGUAAUGUGAAAUCAGAAAAUAUACUCUUGGAUGAACACUUCAUGCCAAAGAUCUCAGACUUUGGCUUAUCAAGGUUGAGUACGAGAGCAUACAAACACAUUGAAAUCUUCAAUGGUGGCAUAGGUUAUAUCGACGUGGUGUACCUACACACAGGCGUCCUGACCGAACAAAAUGAUGUCUACAGUUUUGGAGUCCUGAUGUUGGAGCUGCUUACUAGGAAGAAGGGUGACCGUGUUGACAGUAACAGCUUUGUUAAGAGUUUUCUUGAAAAUCACGAGACGGGAAGGAAAUCAACCGAGCUGUUUGAUAAGGAAAUUGCAGUGGCAGGAGAUUUGGAGCUACUUGAGAAUCUGGCAAAAAUUGCUGCGGAUUGUCUUAACAAUGAUUUCCUUAUAUUUCUUUACAGAGGGAGUAUUCCGCAAGCACCGGAAGCAGAGCAAUCCUUGGCUAUGAAAGUCAGCUGCAAGGGGGCACACGCAUACAGUCUGAACCAAAAUAAAUCAUCAGUGUGUUUGAUCGAUGCUGCUGCUGAUGGAGUCUGCGUUUCAGGGACACAUCUUGCGCUGGCAGGAGUUGCACCCCAUAGAGUAGUCUGCAUUCGGUGGGUGGCUUUUGAUGUGUUACUCCCUUCUUUAUGAAUAGGCGGUGAGGUUUCAAAACAACGCUGCCUUCAAAAUACAGCCAGAGAGUACUGUAGGGGAAAUCCUCACUGCCUUCAGAAUUCCUCCGUGAGAGGCGUUGUAGAAUGAAGGUAUAAAUUCUUGAGCUGGAGCUUGCAGGGCUGCACAAGAAGUCGGAAUGAGUCGACGAUUUUUCUUCAGUUUGCUAUUAGUUUCUCUAAAUAUG